GGACUGCACUAUUAGCCAGAGUUUCUAGAGCUACGAAACGAACGACUUCCCCCACCGCCCAACCCACCAUGGGCGUCCUCCUCCGGGCCGAGAUGCAGCUGGGGAUCUAGGAAAGUGCCCCUGGGCUCCAAGCUGGGUGGUUGGUCGAAUGAUCCAGCCUCCUUGACCAUGGAUCAGGGACAGCCCCCCUUGACUGUGACCUCUGACCCCAGGCUCUUUAACCAGCAACUCUCUGAGCCCCCUGAACCACAAUGUGUCCUGGAGCCACCAGACAACCCGGAGCUGGUUCCUGCCCUGGUCUGUGCCCUCUGCUGUUUCUUUGGAGUCGUCUACUGCUGCUUCGGUUACCGAUGCUUCAAGGCAGUGAUGUUCCUGUCUGGGCUGCUUUCAGGCGCCCUCGUAAUCUUCUUGCUGUGCCACAAGGAACGGGUGCUGGAGACGCAGCUGAGCCUGGAGGUGAGCGCAGGCAUCGCGCUGGGCAUCGGCCUCCUCUGCGGGCUGGUCACAAUGCUGGUCCGAAGCGUGGGGCUCUUCCUGACGGGCCUCCUGCUUGGCCUGACGCUGGGGGCAGGUGCCCUACUGGGUACCGAACCCAUCUAUCAGCCACCCUCAGCCUGGGUGCCCACAGGGGGCCUGGUAGGCCUGGCACUCCUAGGUGCCCUCCUUACCCUACGCUGGCCCCGACCUUUCACCAUGUUAGGCACAGCCCUGCUGGGGGCAGCCGUGCUGGUGGGCUGUGCUGACUACUUCCUGGAGGGCCUGGCGCUGGGCGGGCGUCUGGGUCAGCGGCUUCAGGCCUUGCCCGCCCUGCCCCCGCUCUGCUGGUACAGUUGGGCCCUGCUGGGUGCCUGGCCUGCCCUGGGGGCGCUGGGGGCCCUUGCUCAGUGGAGACUCACAGCUGAGGGACACAGAGGCCAUCAUGAUGGAGUCUCCAGCCAUCGACUGAAGGGUCUCCAGCUCCUUCGGAUCCGCCAGCAGGAGGCCAAGUGGCAGCAGAAUUCUGGGGCGGCAGCCAGUGAGGGCAGCUACCAUCGCCAGGUCCCACACCGAGCCCGGAGCCCAGCGGACAGCCUGGCACCAAGUUAUCUCCAGAGUCUCCGGGAUCGACAGCUGGGGCCAAGCGCUCUGGGUUCUCCCCCUCAUGCCGUCCUGGACCUAGAUUCGGACUGUGGUUCCACCGUGCCCCUCACCACACCCCCUCGCUCCAACCAGACCUGAGCCUGUGUCCGCUCACCCCUCACACACAUCUGUGCCUUAGAGAGGAGGGUCAGAGCACCAGGUGGGCAAUGCUUGGGCAGAAGAGGUAGAACUUUCCAUCCAUUAACAUUCGUAGAGACACACCUUCCCUCUUUCCCCUCUCCAGCUGUUAGACCGGGGGUGGCCGGAGAGGGCAUGAAAUGUGGUCUAGCCCAGCCCUGUGGGAGAAUGUGCCAGGGUGGAGCUGGGGACAGCUGGAGGAAGACUGAGGGAGGAAGGGGGCGGAAGAACUGAAUUUUCACCUCUGCUCAGGCUCCAGAGAUAGCCUCGUAUUUCUGGAAUUCUCUGUCACCCCUAAAACUCAGCCCAAGCGUGACCCCAAGCCUGGAAGGCCCCUUCUCCCCUCCACCGCACAACCUCGUUUUGUACCACUCAGAUCCUGUGCCUCAGAAUGGAAAAGUGGGGUUAGGAUUUUUGAAGGUCCUCCAGAAAAUCAGGGAACUUCUAAAGACCGUUAUCUAUCCCUCCUUUCUGGGGAGAAGGGGAAGGAUCUGUCUGGCAUCCCCUUGACUCCUCGAGUCCCAGGUAAUGAAAGGGAGUGGGUGAUGAGGACCCUCAGUAUUCUUUUCUCCCCCACACCUACAGUGCCUGAGCCCCAUUCCUACCUCAUUGGGUGGCUCUGUCCUCCCUGGUGCUUCUUUCCCAACCCCCUCAGGCGGGUGGUGUGUGCUGGGGCCACCCAGACUCUGCCUCUUGCUGGCUCCUUGUGUCGAAGAGAAGAGGGCAGCUCUGGGGAGAGCAGCAGGAAGGCAACAUGGAAGACGGACAGAUGUCAGCGCCUUCUCUGUCUCCCCACCCUGUAGGGGACACUAACCUUCUAACUGCGCCUUCACUCCAGCCACUAACCCUGGCCUAAUAUCCCCAGCCCUGCUUCCAUGUCCAGAACCUCCCCUCACUGGCACAGAGGCAUACAAAUGAGUGCCAAGGGAGAGGGAGGGGAGAUGUGGAUGGAAUGUAAAUAAAAUGGCAUUGAAGAUGAAA